AUGAUUUAUGAUGCUACUGGCCCUGAUAUCAAUUCUGGUGGGGUUGAUCCUUCUGAACCAGCUUUUGAAUUUUCCAAAUUACUGGAGGAUGCUGCACAACAACUUUAUCCUGGUUGCGAGAAAUUCUCCAAGUUGUCACUAAUUGUGGAGCUGUUCCAAAUUAAGUGCCUUUAUGGAUUGAGUGAUAAAGCAACUGACUGCAUAAUGAAGUUAAUUAAACGAGCACUUCCUUCUGGUGAAACUUUACCCGAAUCAUUCUAUGGAGCAAAAAAAGUGAUUCGAAGUUUAGGUCUUCGUUAUGAAAAAAUACAUGCUUGCGAAAAUGAUUGUAUGCUGUUUUGGAAACAUAAUUCAAAAGCUGAAUCUUGCUUGGUUUGUGGCGAGUCUAGGUGGAAAUUAAGGGAAGGUCAAAAAGCUAAUGGGGCUACUACAGAAAAAAGUGGGAGCAAAAUUCCUCGAAAAGUUUUACGUUACUUUCCUUUGAAACCAAGAUUGCAAAGGUUGUUUACGUCAUCAGAAAUAGCUUCAGACAUGACAUGGCAUCAUGAUCAACGUUUAAAAGAUGGGGUUCUUAGACAUCCAGCCGACUCAGAUGCAUGGAAACAUUUUGAUACAUCUAACCCGGGCUUUUUCAGAGAUCCUCGUAAUGUUAGACUUGGUUUAGCAUCUGAUGUAAUAAAUCCUUUCGGCAAUUUAAGUGUUUCUCAUAGCACUUGGCCAGUAAUUAUUACUGUGUAUAACCUACCCCUUUGGAUGUGCAUGAAGCAACCAUAUUGCUUUUUGUCUUUGUUGAUACCUGGCCCUAAAGCUCCUGGAAAUGAUAUUGAUGUGUACUUAGAACCUUUGGUGGAUGAGUUGCAAGAAUUGUGGUAUAAUGGAGUCGAUACAUAUGAUGCUUCGAGAAAGGAGAACUUCUGUAUGCGGGCAUCACUCUUAUGGACUAUAAAUGAUUUUCCAGCUUAUGCCUACUUGUCUGGAUGGAGCACAAAGGGAGCUUUGGCUUGCCCUUCAUGCAACAAAGAGACUCCGUCUACUCGAUUAAAGUAUGGUCGUAAGUUCUCUUACAUAGGUGCUCGUAGGUUUUUAUCGCCUAAUCAUAGGUGGCGGGGAAAUAAACGUGAUUUUAAUGGGGAAGUAGAAAGAAGACCUGCUCCAAAAAUUCUCUCUGGAGAUGAUAUUUUAAACCAGUUGGAUAGCUUGGAAGACAUUAAAUUUGGUAAGACCCAAAAGAGAAAAAGAUACGAAAAAAGUAAAGGCAUAAUUGGAGGAAGAAAAGCAUCUUUUUCAAACUUCCUUAUUGGAAAAAUAAUCUAA